GGUAAUUCCACUAGUAGAGUGACAGCUACGCAGUGAGUGGUUGCAUAUCAAUUCGACUGAAACGAAGAUAUUUAGCUUUUUUAUUCCAUUUUAUCGGUAUUUUAGCAUAUCGUCGGCUUGAAUUCGUCCCCGACGUGUAAUUAAUUCCGUCCGUGUGGAACGUUUUAGUGUCGCGUUGCCAUGGCCCCGAGGGCGGGCGCGCAGUGAAAGUAUAGUGAUUGUGACCGUGAUCCAGCUGCCAGGAGGAUGGGCGUGGGCUUGCAGCCGCUGGAGUUCACGGAGUGCCUGGCGGACAGCCCUGCCUUCCGCGAGAACCUGCAGCGCCACGAGAAGGAGCUCGACCGCACCAGCCAGCAGAUCAAACGGCUCAUCAAGGAAGUCAAGGAUGUCGUGCAGGCUGCCAAACGUCUCGGAGCCGCGCAACUGGCGCUGGCGUCCAGCAUGGAGCAGUUCGAGUUCGCGUGCAUCGGCGCGUCCAUGACGGAGGACGAGCGCGUCAUAUCGCACUCUCUGCAUCACUUCGCGCACCUCAUCCGCUGCAUAGAGGACGAGCGGGAGCGCAUGUUGGGGCGUGCACACGAGCAGAUCAUCCAGCCUCUAGAGAAAUUCCGGAAGGAGCACAUUGGGGCCGUCAAGGAGGGCAAGAAGAAGUUCGACAAGAAGACCGCCAAGUUCUGCCAGAGCCAGGAGCGGACGCUCUCGCUCUCCACCAAGAAGCAGGAGAACGUCUUCCAGGAGGCCGACGCGGCGAUGGACAUGGCGGAGCGCGACUUCUGCCGCGCGUCGCUGGAGUACGUGUUCCAGCUGCAGGCCGUGCAGGAGCGCAAGAAGUUCGAGCUGGUGGAGACGCUGCUGGGCUUCGUGUUCGGCUGGUGGACCUUCCACCACACGGCGCACGACGUGCACGCGGACGCGGAGCCGCGUGUGCGCGAUCUGCAGCUGCGCAUACAGCGGACGCGCAGCAACUUCGAGGAGACCAGCAAGCAGACAGAGUCGCUCAUGAAGAAGAUGAUGGAGGCGAGACAGAACAAAGAAGAGGAGAGCGAGGAGGGCGGCGUGUCGCGCGCGGGCUACGUAUUCGUGCUGGAGCGGAAGGCGUUCGGCUCCGCCUGGGCCAAGCAUUACUGCGUCUACCGCCGCGACUCGCGGCUGCUCACGCUCGUGCCCUACAACCAGAUCAACGUCAAGGCGGCGGGGUGUGCGGAGAGCGUGUGCGUGUGCGGCGCGCGGCCCAGCGGCGACGCCAGCGUCGACCGCCGCUUCUGCUGGGAGGCGGUGCCGGCGGAGAGCGCGCGCGCGGCGCUGACGCUGCAGGCGCUGAGUGAGCGCGACCGCAGCGCGUGGCUGCGGGCGCUGGCGGCGGCUCCGCCUGCGCCCGCACGCGGCGCCGCGCCCGCCGCCGAGCCCGGCCUGCUGGACGACGCCGGCUUCCACUUCGUGACCGCGCUCGUCGCAGAGAUCGAGCGCCGCGGCCUGGACGAACAGGGUCUGUACCGCGUGGCGGGCGUGGCGUCGAAGGUGGCGCGGCUGGAGGCGGCGGCGCGCGAGCCGCGGCGGCUGCCGCCGGCGCUGGCGGACCCGCUGCAGUGGGAGACCAAGACGCUGACGUCGGCGCUCAAGGGCUACCUGCGCGCGCUGCCGGAGCCGCUGCUCACGCGCCGCCUGCACCGACAGUUCAUCGCCGCCGCCAAGUGCGAGCGGCGGUCGGAGCGGCUGGCGGCCGUGGCCGCGCUGGUGCUGCAGCUGCCGUCGCGCAACCAGGACAUGCUGCACAUCGUGCUCGCGCAUCUCAGGAAGGUGGCGGCGAACAGCGACAAGAACCUGAUGACGCCGUCCAACCUGGCCGUGUGCUUCGGGCCCACUCUGCUCAGAGCCGAGCGGGAGACUGUGGCCUCCAUCCUCGAGCUCAAGUUCUACAACGUGCUGGUGGAGACGCUGCUGGACGACUGGCAGCCGCAGCACAACGGCGACAGAACAUCUCCGACGUCGAUACCGAUGUCAGCUCGUAAUGAUAUGAUAAAUUGUGAGCGGCUGUCAGUAUCUGACGGUCUAGGCGGUGGCCUGCAGCUGCCGGGCGGUAUUCCCGGAGGGGGAAGUGGGGCUCCCGGGGCCCUGGGGGUGAGGUACGCGGCGCCACAUCACGCAUUGCUGCAGCACUUCUCGCCAGCUACCGCCGCCGCGCUUAGACCAGGCGCGACCCGGUCCAGCAGCAGCUCCGCGGAGUCUGUGUCGUCGCACUCUGCGUCGCCGCCUCCCCCCACCCACGCGCCCGCCGCCGCAGCCCCUGCCAGACCCACGCCCCCCGCACACUCGCCACACAGCUCACUCACAGCGCUCGCACUCCCGCAUCACAGGCACACGCGUGUGCGCACGUUGUACGCGUGUUUAGGCGAGUCGGAGGGCGAGCUGUCGUUCGAGCCCAACCAGAUCAUCACCAACGUGGCGCCGUCGGCGGAGCCCGGCUGGCUGCGCGGCACCCUCAACGGCAAGGCGGGGCUCGUGCCCGAGAACUACGUGGAGCCGCUGCCCUGAGCCAAUAGAGUGUUUGCAAUUGGCUCGGACGUCAUUUUAACACGCUAUUGUGAACGGCUUUUGCAAAGACUAAUUAGUCUAUUUUGAAACUUGCUGUUACUAAAAGAGGCUGAUGUAUUCAGGCCGAUGCCUCGAGCUAACGACCACGCUCAACGGUCCGCAGAGGCAGCCACACCAAAUAUCAUAUCGUUGUAGUAUUACGUUGUUGAUUAUUUUGUAUCUGUAUAUUUUGUACAUUGUAAAUAAGAGUCUGUUGAUAUUACUAUUUAUAUUAUACUUAUGUUGUGAAUUUUUUACCAAAUAUACUGUAAUGUAUUGUGAUCCAUUAGAGGAUUUGUAAUUAUAAAAACGAAUACA